CAGUGCCGCUGCACUUCCUCAUUGUCAAUGAUACCUCCGUGUUCCACUGUCUAGCGACGUUUCUGACUGAAAUAAUACUCAGUGCGUCUCGUUGUGUUUCAUCUCUGAGCCUAACAAAUGUCGAAGCCUCCUCCCAAGCCGGCCAAGCCAGGCCAAGUCAAGGUGUUCAGAGCAUUGUUCACCUUUGACCCCAGAACGCCAGACGAGCUGUACUUUGAAGAAGGAGACUUCUUGUACAUCUCUGACACAAGUGACACUAACUGGUGGAAGGGGACAUGCAGAGGAAGGACAGGACUAAUCCCAAGUAACUAUGUGGCUGAGCAGGCAGAGUCCAUCGACAAUCCAAUGCACGAAGCAGCCAAACGAGGCAACCUGAGCUGGCUGAGGGAAUGUGUGGAGAACAAGGUUGGAAUCAACGGGCUGGAUAAGGCUGGAAACACUGCCCUCUACUGGGGGUGCCACGGAGGACAUAGGGAUGUGGUGGAGCUCUUGCUAAGCCAGCCCAACGUGGAGGUCAACCAGCAGAAUAAACUCGGGGACACCGCUCUGCACGCUGCCGCCUGGAAGGGUUAUUCUGACAUUGUGGAGAUGUUGCUGAACAAGAAUCCCAGGACAGACAUCAGGAACAAUGAGAAUAAGCUGGCUCUGGAGAUGGCCACGAACGCCCAGUGUGCUUCACUUCUCAAAAGGAAGCAGGGAAGCAACAUCACCCGCACACACAGCAACGCUGAAGAGUAUUUGGACGACGAGGACUCGGACUGAGCCCUGUCGAAGCUUCGUCACAGUCUUCCAUUGGGUUUUGGGGGGUCGUGGAGCUCAGAGAGAUUAUUGCAGACCUAAAAUGGACUUCUUGCUCCGUUUCCAGCUGUAACUCCAUUUUAGUUCUAUUAAUUUGUGCAAACGCCUCAGUUCUCGGCCCUCUGCAUCACGUUUGUGUGCAUUGAAUUAAUGCGUUUUUACAGUUCGCCUGCUUUGCCAAGUGCAUUUCCACAUGUAAGGGAUUUGUCUUGGAGCACCUGUUGCACACUGUGGACUGAGGGGCAGAAUAUAUGCAGUAGUGGAAAAUGGACCAAAACUCUAAUUCUAAACACAUUCCAAACAUGUUCAACCCAUCGAAACUGCACAUCAAAGUGCCAGUGCAAAUUAAAAAGAUUGAUCUGGUCUGUGUCUUGUUUAAUGCACCACUUAAAUUACUUAAAAAGGAAUUGGAAACACAUUAUCUCUUGCAGUUUGGAGCUCUAUCAAAACAUUUUCCUCACCUUACAUGUUAGUCUGUGCUGCACAUGUUAGAACAUUUCCACCGCAGUCAAAGACCUUCUGUCAGUUCAGUGUAAUGAAAACAUCUUCCCUGUGCAAAAGAGACUUUACAUCACUCUUUCAUCUUUCAAGUUUCUGAGGGUUUGAUUUCCAUCCUGGGGGCAAAUUUCUGGGUUUAUUGCUGCUUUCCAUCAUAAGUGCCUUAAAUAUGUGUAACAUAGCAAGUGUGUCUGUGGUUAUGUGUUAACGUUUUUCUCCUCUAAUGUUUUGAAUCUAAGAUCAUUUUGUUCUAGAUUUCUAUCUGCUGUUUUCAAUCUGCAAUAAAAGCUUUAUGUUA